CUUUCAAGUUAGCAUUUUGCACAGCAUCUCAGGUGGAGACUCCGACAACCGGGCUAGCGGCAAACAACUCUUCUGGCUCCACAGAACCAGCAUUCAAAAAGCAAUUAUUCCGCAUGCAUCAGACAGAAAAUAUGAUAAUCGUGGUAUAGGAAAGAGGCUGGACCAGAAAAGAAAGCAAAGCCAAUGUGAAAUAUUGAAUGAAGAUAGUGGACAAUUACUACCAACUUGUUCCCAGUGUGAAUUGUACAGCCUCAGCUGGAACUGCCACGUGAAAAUGACACAGCAAAUGCAGAACUUGAACCUUUCGCAGACAAAAAAGAACAGUGGGCCAUCUUCUCCGAAUGCUGCUAAACGACUGUAUCGCAACCUCUCUGAGAAGCUGAAGGGAAGUCACGCAUCUUUUGAUGAGGCGUAUUUCAGGGCCAGAUCAGAUCGACUCAGUCUCCGCAAGACUUCUGUGAAUUUCCAGUGCAACGAAGCUAUGUUUGAGGCGGUAGAACAGCAGGAUUUGGACGCAGUUCAGAUUCUCCUCUAUCAAUAUACACCAGAGGAGCUGGAUCUAAACACACCGAACAGUGAGGGAUUAACUCCCUUGGAUAUUGCCAUCCUGACAAACAACGUGCCUAUCGCUAGGAUCCUUCUGAGGAUUGGCGCAAAGGAAAGCCCGCACUUUGUUAAUAUGGAAAGCAGGUCAAUGCAUCUGAGCACCUUGGUCCAGGAAGCCCAGCAGCGAGUGAGUGAGCUGUCUGCACAAGUGAUGAGUGAAGGUCUUAGUAUGGACAACACAGACAAAGAGAAGCAACUAAAAGCUUGGGAGUGGAGAUACAGGCUAUACAAGCGCAUGAAAGCAGGCUAUGAGCAUGCCAGAGCCCCUGAGGCGCCAACCAAUGUCUGUUUCAUGGUAACAAGCAGCACAUCACUCACUGUCACCUUCCAAGAACCUCUUAGCGUCAACUCGGCUGUAGUGACCAAAUAUAAAGUGGAAUGGAGCUGUUCUGAAGACUUUUCUGUUUUGGCUGGGGAAAUAAUCAUGGACAAUCUUCAGUCUUUGAGAUGCACCAUCACAGGCCUCAGAAUGGGCCAAAGUUAUCAUGCUCGUGUGUCAGCAUACAACAUGAAGGGAUGGGGACCUUCACAGACUACCACUCCUGCCUGUGCUUCUCCUUCUAACUGGAAAGACUGCGAUGGCAGAGAACCUAGACACUGGGGACAUACUGAAGCCCUGGAACGUCUCCUUCAGCAGGUUCGAGCGGCUCAUCAGCAUUACAGUUGCCGAGAAAGUUCUAAACUACAGAAUGCUGGUCGCAAGCAAUCAGUCUCCAGGAGCCUGAAGCAUCUUUUCCAUUCUUCAAACAAGUUUGUGAAGACUCUGAAACGUGGACUCUACAUAGCUGUCAUAUUUUAUUACAAAGACAACUUGUUAGUAACCAAUGAAGAUCAAAUCCCAAUUGUGGAAAUCGAUGACUCACACACCAGUUCCAUUAUGCAAGAUUUUCUGUGGUUCACAAAGCUGUCUUGUAUGUGGGAUGAUAUCAGAUGGCUGAGGCAGAAUAUGUCCAUAUCCAUGUCCUCAUCAACAGCACUUCAAGCCAGGCAAAAGAUGGUUUCAGCAACUGCACAGUUACAGAACUUGCUGGGAACUCACAACUUAGGCAGAGUUUAUUACGAGCCCAUCAAGGACAGACAUGGCAAUAUCCUGAUAGUUACGAUAAGAGAAGUAGAGACUCUCUAUUCAUUUUUUAAUGGCAAAUGGAUGCAAAUAUCCAAGCUACAAAGCCAGAGAAAAUCCCUUUCAACUCCUGAGGAGCCAACGGCAUUAGACAUCUUGCUCAUAACAAUCCAGGACACACUUUCCUAUCACAAAAGAAGCCAGCAGCGCCUCCCUCCUGGCUUGUAUCUGGGUUACCUGAAACUCUGCAGCUCCGUAGAUCAAAUCAAAGUCCUCGUACUGCAAAAGCUGCCCAACAUUCUGUGUCAUGUUAAAAUCCGAGACAACAGCAAUGUUUCCAAAGAUGAGUGGGAAUGGCUCCAAAUGCUUUCUGGCUUGGAAUCGGUGGAAAGUGUGGAUCAUGCUUCAGACUGCCCUACUCCGUCGUUCUUCUAUGAGCUCCAGAUGGCAGUGAAAGCUCUCCUCAAACAGAUCAAUCUACCUCUGCGACAGGCUAAGCACUUCCGUCUGUAUACACAGGAGGUGUUGGAACUGGGUCACAAUGUCUCCUUUCUUCUCCUGCUCCCCGCCUCAGACGACGUCUGCACUGCCCCAGGACAGAAUAAUCCUUACACCCCACAUUCAGGAUUUCUUAACCUCCCUCUUCAGAUGUUUGAACUCGUUCAUUUUUGCAGUUACAAGGAGAAAUUUAUUAGUCUGUAUUGCCGCCUUUCUGCUGUCAUAGAGCUGGACUCUCUGAAAACCCAGCAGUCCCUAAGGGAAGCAAUUUCAGACCGGGAAGUUGCUGCUGCCAAACAAAGACACCAGCAAGUUUUAGACUAUAUACAGCAAAUUGACGAGAUCUGGCGUGAAAUGAGAUGGAUCACAGAGGCGCUGCAGUAUGCCAGGUACAAACAGCCGGUGGCUGGCUUGCUCGUAACAAAGCUUGUGGACCUGUCGGAAGAGCAGAAUCAGAAGAAAAUAAAUUCAACAUCCUCCCAUCUAGAUUGUCUUCCAUCACCACCACCCUCACCAGAGUCCAGGAGCCAGAGGAGAAAAGCCCUGAGUGAUUCCCAGCCCUGCUCGGACGAAGAAGGCUGCUCUGAAGUAUUUCUUCCAACCGACAGCGACUAUGAUUCCAGUGAUGCAUUGAGCCCCAGAGAACUGGAUUUGGUUUAUUCAUCCUCACAUGACAUAUCCCAACAGGCAGUGGGUGGCCUGGGCGGCAGUGCACCUGAUGUCCUCCAGAUCCAUGAUAUGAAGCCUCACCUGACUUUGAAAGAAGACCCGAAAGGGGGAAGUGACUUGGAUGCCGAUGCUGAAUACUGCACAGAGUACAUGAACAGUCUGACCAUGGGAGGGUUCACGUCAAAAAGCCUGGACAAGACUUCCAACUCCAGGCAGUCUUUGAGUUUCUUGGGGAAAAAAAAAAGCGGGAAACAUCAGCACUAUAACUACUUCAGCCGGCACCAUCGCUGGCUGCGAGUGCACAGCGAGACGCAGCCCGCUUCUCUUUCCGAGGGCGUGUACACACAGCAUCUCACAGGAGCCACGGAAUUAUCACAGGAGACUACCUCCAGCGAGCAAAUAAGGAUCCCCGUCGAUGGUCCUCGGAGCACUUUCUUACCUCAUGCUUCGAGCCUCCCAGAAGAUGGGAAAGGCAAGUACCAUGAAUCGAGGCAGAAUAUCCGUAGGAUAUAUGUGGAGCCCUACAAAACCACGUUAUUAGGCGAAGAGGGCAAGCCUUGGGCGCUGAGCAUGCAGUCCGUAGAACGUGGAGAUUUGCACGAUGCCACGGGACAAGAAAUGGGUUUGGAUGAUCAAUCAAAUUCUCCCAUCUCUGAAGUAUUCAGUAGCACGCUUUAGGAGUUUGCACUAGGUCGUUGCACUGCCUCGCACCGCCCCCAAAAUGGCAUUGUGAGCAUUCUGAAUUAGGACCAUAUUUUCAAAACAACCUUUAAAAUGCAGAUCCUUAACUGGCAUCUCGUUCCACUUACUUUACCAGCUGACGAUCUGGCCUUAAAUGGGUAUUCCCAAAAGCGCAUGCCAAAUCACUUGCAUCUGCAAUUUUGCAGGUGUAAAUAAUAAACAUUUACCAUCUAACUUAAUGCUGCAUGGUGGCAAAUCAGGUAGUUAGGCAUUGAAAUGUGCUUAAUUACUCACACAAAUGUCUGGGCAUGCAGAAUUUCAGGCACAUAUGAUUUUGCCUGCAAAAUUUGGGGAAGCUGGUUAAAGUCACUUUAGAAAUGUGGUCCUAAGCUUUUAUGGGGGUUUUUGUUUGUUUGUUUGUUUGUUUGUUUUUUGCUAUAAAUAUUUCCACUUCCCAACAUGCACUUUGUGUGGAUUUGGUUGGUAUACAAGUAAAGCACUGAGUGCUCUGGUGAAUGAAAAUGCCACAGCUUCUGGCCAGUUCAGUGUCUCGAUCACAAAAAAUCAGGGCCAACUCUAAACAUUGGCAUAGCCCAGUACAAUUGCUAGCACUGAAUGCUUUGUUUCAAAGGCUUCAAUUUAAAAGAGCAUAAAUACCAACUUAUUCUGCAUCCCUAGAUGAGAAAGAAUCCUUCUAGAUGGAAAGCAGAGGGUAUUGGCGGGGUUUGCCGUAGCUGGCCUGACUAGUGAAUGAAUAAUGCGUAGGCACAGGACUUUCUCUAGCCCUUUGCAUGGGGAUGAAUUUCACCUUGUUAUAGGCAAUCUCAGAUUGCCAUCGGAGGUGGAUCUAAGCCAUAAAAUUCAUACCCAUACCCUUUUCUUUUUUUCCAAAUACCCCCUCCAAACUUCAGGGUUGUUUGGAUCAGUGGGUUUAGAUUUAGACCAUUAUAGUAAUUCUGAGUUUGAUCUAGAUUAGGGAAAAAUUGAGGGGCAGUUUGCAUCAAAGAUUUUGGUUCAGGCCCCAUCUCUGAUCACUUUGUAAAUAUCAAUAUCAUUAACAGGAGAAAAAAAUAUUGACUUGAAAUGCCCCAUUUUCUUAAGGACACAUCAAAAUCCACCAUUGAUUUGUCACUUCCAGCUAAUUAAGGCCCACAGUACUCUCACCCUUCAGAAGAUGUCCUAGAAAACUAAAUCCAUAUUAAUCAGAGGUGUAACUCUUGGGUCAUGUUACUACAUACAUCUUGAAGACUUGGAGAAAUUAAUUAAAGGGGAGGGACACCUCCACCCGAGCGGUUGCACAAGCAUUUGACUUCUAUUUUUCCUUAUACAGCUCUUAAAGUUUAAUUUUAUAGGCCACCUUCCUGUGGGUUAAAUGCCCUCAUUCCAUGUACGCCCAGCCUUCUCCUUUUCACUGUUUUAAAUUCCACAUGGAUAAGUUGUAAGGCCUCCAAUAAAGAGACUUGAAUUCAAUAUGAAGGUAAGGAUUUGCCCCAUGAUCUGUGGGCCAUAUUAAAAUACCACAUUCCUAACCCCAGUGCUAUUAAAAUCCCCCUAAUGCUUAGCACCCAAUCCAUAAAUUCAAAAAUUGAAGUUAUUUGCCAUUUUAUACUCGGUUGGUGUGUGGAAGCCAAGAAAAGAGUCUUUGCUCUGAUAUAAGGAAGCAGUUUCUUUGAGGGGUUUAAAUCUGUAAUUCCUCUUAUUAUACGUGGGAAUUGUAUAUGUAACUCCUGAUGCAUCACACCAGGAACAUAUUCAGUCAGGCUCAAUGAGGGUGAGAAGACUCUCAUUGAGUUCAAUGGCUUUAGAUCAGACCCACAUUGAAAAUUCCAUGGGGAGAAAGGGGCAAGGAAUUCAGGUGCUAAUUUGCAGUGGGAAUUGUAUGAAUUGUAGGUUUUAUCUCACAUUGGAGGGGAAAUCCUGAUGCCCCUAGAAAGUGUACCAUAGAACCAAAAAUUGGUGAUGUCUACUGGCAGCAAAGUCAGUACCAGCUUGUCACGUUGACUCACGGUCACUGGUAUAAUGCCCCUAUCAACACGGACCAGGACAAUCUGGUGCUUGUGCAUUGCAGGCAAAACCUGCAACUGUGCAAAAUAUAAUGCCUGGCCCAAUGGGGCCCUGACCUGUUUGGCCUCUCGGUGCUAUUGCCACAUAAGGUGUUUCAUAAGAAUAAAAUACUAGGUCCAAAGCUUUUUGCAGACUGUGAUGUGGUAAAAAGAGAUGUUACAUGGGCCUUUCUAGAGAACUGCUUUCCUAAAUCGAAAACCACCUCACCUUGCUCUGGCUCUUCAAGGAUAUGGCAACCUUAGGACUGGAGGUACCAAGGUCCACAUCAGAAAGAACAGGCCACGCCCUGCUAGUCAAACAUAGAUUGAAAACUGCCCACUCUGCCCCCCCGCCCCCGCUUUUUUUUAUCUGCCCCUGCUGUUUGAUUUUCCAGAAGCAGCCCUUCCUCUAAUAAAAUUCCCAGGGCCAACUUCUCUGCUGGUGUGAAUGGGUUAACUUUAAUGGAGUUUGGCCUAUCUACACCAGCAAAGAAUUCGGCCUGAAGAUUGCAAUCCAGCUCACGAUUCAGCCCCCUAUCUUCAUUCCAAGGUUGCUAUAGGUAACACUGUUUAAAUAACAUUAAUCAAUGCACAGUUCCUUCAUCCCAUUACCUCCACGUUGAGGUUCUCACACAUACUUUAACUUUCAGAAGCACAACCACAUGUCAUCACUUCAUUUUGAAACAGACCAGCUGAACCGUCGAAGCAGUGAGUGAUAGGUACUGGAUAUAAGUAUUUUUGAUGGUAAGACUUUGGGGGGGGGGGUCAUUUGGGUGGAGUACCUGUCCUACUAAUCACCAUCCCUGGCCAUCAAGUGAGUCAUUGAGACCCUGAUAAGAAUACUAAUGAGUGCCCAGUGCAAUAAACAGUAGGGAAAAUGUGCCUUUCCGUAUUAGAGAACAAAAUACAGUUAUAAUCAGAAUACUUUGCACUUCUAUAGCACCUUUCAUGGCAGGAUCUUCCAAAUCCUUUCACAAGUAAUUACGAUUCAAAACAGACCCGUGUGAAGUAGGUAAAUCUUAACCUCACUUUACAGUUAGGUAAACCAAGGCACAGGGAGGCUAAGUGACUUUUCCAAGGCCACAAAAUGAUAAUAGAGCCCAGAAUAAAGCCUUAAAAUCAAGAAUAAAACCUAAUGAUGAAUCUCAGUCCCUUGUUCCAACCAUUAGACAGCACACCCAAUAAAACUCAGUUUCCCCUCUAAGAAUCUUGCAUAGAUAUAUAAAAGGCCAAGGUUCAAUGGCUACGAUUCAGUUGAAUUUCAUUGGUCACAUCCUCCUCUGGUGUAAAUAAGCAUAGCUCCACUGAAGACCUGGCCUUAAAUGGGCAUUCAAGAUUCACACACAUCCAGAUAGAUAUCUGGAUUGUUGCUCUAAAAUCAGGUACACGACAUUCAUUCUGAUUUGCCCGCGAAGGAGGGUAUUUUCACUUGGGCUGAGUGUACCCCUUCCUGUUUGCAAACCUAAUGUGUGCCUGCUCCUUGAGCUCCCACAAAUGAAUUGCAGGCCGAAGUCUGCUUGGAUACAUGUCUCACUUCCUAACUUGUGCUGGCAAUUAGGUAGCUAAGUGUAUAACUAGGAAGAUUUUACAUCUGCAAGAAGGUGGCCUGCGCACUGACAAGUUGUCUCAAAGACCUAUGGCUGAGUGUCUCCUCUCCUGUGCUUGCAUGUUUGCUCUGUGAAUUAGCCUCUACACACUAAUUAAUGACUGGAUUUGCCAUGCAGCAAGGGUGCACGCACAGAAAGCUAUAAAUUAUUACUUCAUUGCUGUAGUGUAAAUAUUUUAAAAUGGAGCCAGUGAGGGGGGGAGGAGGGAAUGGAAUAUUUUAUCCUGAACGUUUAUGUUUGGAGUAUUUAAAGAGCAAUGUUUUGGAAAGAGAUGGUGCAUCUUUACGUUCAGUGGGUUAUAAAGAAAUGCAUUAAGUUGCUGGUCAACUCUUUUAAGAUGUUUAAACACAUGGCUCAUGACUGUUAUGUAAAAUUUCAAUGCAGCCUUACAAACAACAAGGGUGUAGUGUAUUUGAAAAUAUGCUGUACAGUCUGGAAACUUAUUCUAAGUUUUUGAUUCAGAGUUUCUCUGAGGUGUUGAACUUUGCCAUCAGCAAAAAGUAUUUUUAGAAAAGGGCCUUGAAUUUUCAUACAACACCGAUUUCAUCAAGUUUUGGUCUCUGUUUUUUCCACUACAGCAGCACAUAAGUAGUAAGAAUACUUCUGAAUAUAUCUAUAUUUUUCUCUUCUGCUUCCACUGAGGAGGAUUAACAAGGCUAAGUCCUGCCCUCAUUGACUCAGAGCGGGGAAGUAGGGGUGCAGGCCGGUGACAUCCUCUGCAAAAAGGCCAGAGCAAGUUUCCCUGAGGUGACCCAGGAAAGGUGCUCUAGUGCCGCUCCUCCGUGCAGGAACAAAAGGCAUCCACACCUGCUGCCAGCUAGUGCUUGCAAUGACCAUGGCAGUCUUUCCACUGACAUUAGAGGGCUUUGGAUAAGGCCCUACAUAUAGCCAGAAGCUAGUUAGACCUCUUGCUAACCCACAGAUCAUGACUCUCAAAACUGAUGUACCUGAGCCCUUAUGUUAACUGGCUGUGUCUUCUAGCUGUGUCUUCUUGAGUGAAAGAAGAGCCCACCUAUAACCUUUUAUGCAUCACUGCAGCUGGGGUAAGAUUUAGCCUUCAAGUUGGUCAUGUUAUGACAGGGACAGUGUAGGGUUAUUUGUUUUUUCUUAUCACUUGACUGCAGAAAAUCUCCUCUUUUGCUAGGAAGAAAAAGGGAUAUUGUUUUGUUUUCUUUUGUCAUCAUUGCCUUAUGUUUUUAUUAUUCAUUAAUUCUGGGGGACAAAAGUUACUAUUUAAUUUAUCUAGAAAUAAAAGAAUGUGAUUAAUUUACUGCUAUUCUUCCUUCAAACUGUGAACUACAGUCAUUUAACCAGCAGCCCAGUGGCAAUUUUUUUGCUAAAGGGCACAGAUUUCUUGCAUUGCAUUUUGAUUUAUAUCCAGGUCCGUUUGGGCCCACUCAUACGCUGCUUGGGCCUAACUCCCCUCUUUUUUUGACACCAGGGUAAAUCAAGAGUAGUCCCACUGAAACUGGGCCAGGCCCUCAAUGGUAUAAAUCAGCAUAGCUCCAUUGACUCCAAAGGUGCUAUACUGAUACACCAGCUGAGGAUCUGGCACAGGGGAUUCACCAAGAAGCCAGUGGAGUUAGACCUUUGUAAAGCUGGUACAAGUCAGAGGAGAACUAGGGCACUUAUCUCAGGCAAAAUCCUUCUUGAAGUCAAUGGGAGUUUUGCCAGAGGAAAGGGCUGAAGGAUGCAGCCUUCAGUGCUGCCGCGCUGUGUACUGUGACAGAGGCAACUAUUUCAUAAUUAAACACUACAUUAAAAAAGAGAAAGGAACCACUUUUAUUCCCAAGAUACACAAAUGCAUCCUCCGUUAAAUGCAAUGGGAGUCGCAUGGGCUUGCCUCUGGGAAGAAUUUGGUCCCAGCUUUUUUAAUUGAAAAAGAAUUAAAGGCUGCUUUUUUUUUUCCCCAGAGAAAAAGUAAUUUAAGUGAAAUGAGCAAGGCAGUGUUUAAUUGCUUCCUGCCUUGUUUGUACAUAGCAAUUUGGCUGUUUAUUGGUUGUCUUUGUUCAGAUUUUUAUUGUAACCCGUUGCUAUAUAUGCAACUGAGUGUAUGUUAAAGUUUAAACUUUGGUAUAGUAUAAUGCACAAUUUUGUGUGCUUUAAAUCUUUGUAAAUAUCCAGAUGCACAAUAUAUGCUCUGUUAAGUGUGAUCAAGGGACCUUACACUACACUAUUUUCAUGCAUAUGUAUCUAUAAACUGUUUGAAAAUAUCGAAAUAUAUGUUGAGGAUGGCCAUGAGCCAAGAAUAAAUGAGUGUGAUUUGACUCAUGCUUCUUGAAUAACUACUGGAAGAGGCAUGUAUAUUAAGUAAAAUAGAAAAUGAAAAUAAUUUUCGAGACUACAGGUAUUUUUGAUAACUUCAAAUGUGUUAAAUACUAUUUUAGAAAAAUAAUUGGUCAGAUAAGAAAUAUUAGAUCUAUUCGAGUGAAUCAUAGUCCUCAAAAUGUUCUUUACAUGGAAUAUUAUUUUUGUCUGAUCAGACAUCAUGGAAACCUAGUUCUUUUUGAAUUUUAGAAGGCAAGUGCUGUUGCAUUCUUGCAACUCACAUAGGCUGUUUUAAAUCACAUUUCCGGAGCCUUUACUCUUCCCUAAUUUAAAAAAAAGGUGUUACCAUACAUACAUACUACCAUAACUACCAUAUAUACUUGUGUAUAAUCUUCAAAUAUCAUCCCACAGAUCUGCUGAGUGGCCACUGUUAGGUCAUCAUAUAUGUGGGUCAGACACUCAGUGGACAGUGGUCAUCGGGCAUAUAAGGAAAGCAAUUUCUUCUUAGGCCAAAACUUUCAAACCUGGGUAGCCACAAUUUGGCUCAUAUCCCUAUAGUCAGGCAUCUAAACAGAAGUGGUCUGAUUUUCAGAGUGCUGGGGGAAAAAACAGCUCCCACUGAAGUCAAGGGAAACUGCAAAUGCGGUAUUACUUUGAAAAUCAGAUCACUUAAAUUUAGGUGCCCAAUAGGAGUGUAUGAGCCUCGCUUUGAAAACCCAGGUUUGAAAAUUGUGGUUUUAGUCUAUACGUUCUGUUUAUAGGACAGGGAUGCACUAGCGGCUGCUGAAAUCCAGGCACCAGGACUGCCAGACAAUUGACAAUAUAAGAACCUGGCUGGAGGGCCGACAGACAGUCUGGCUGCUGUACAGGCCUUAUUGUUUUACAGGUGUUCACAUGCAAUGACAUGGCAGACAGAAUCUGCACCUGGGUGUGUUUCUGGUGUGAAUCUGGGCUUUUAAAGCAUGUUGUGAAAAUAUAGUAGAACCAGCACAGUGGGUGUAUCAUAGAAUCCAAUUGUAGUCAAGAGCGAUGGCAGACAUUGCCUACCUAGGGAAUUGUAACUCCACUUCUCCUCCUCUUCACAUGUCCCCUCAGAAGACACAGGAAAGCAC